UAAUAUAUCAAAUUCCGAAACUCUGUUCACUACAUUAUUACACACUAUCACUUCACAUUUUAGAGUCAGUUCUCCAUAAUCUCAAGCUAAAGCAAUAAUCAGCCAUGGAGAUCUUCCCCUUGUUCUCUUACUUUCUCCUUUUCCUCGUAUCUCUUCUCACUUUGAAUCAUUUUUAUCAAAGAAAAAAGUACAAAAACAUUCCACCAGGUCCACCACCUCGUCCCAUAAUCGGAAACCUCAACCUCCUCGAACGCCCACUCCACCGCUUUUUCCAUAAAAUCUCCAAAAAACACGGCAACAUAUUUUCCCUUUGGUUCGGUUCCCGUCUCGCCAUCAUCGUUUCGUCACCGUCCGCAUUCCAAGAAUGCUUCACCAAAAACGACGUCGUUUUGGCAAACCGCGCACGCUCUCUCUCAGGAAAACACAUCUUCUACAACUGCACCACCGUAGGGUCGUGCUCCUACGGCGAACACUGGCGCAACCUCCGUCGUAUCAUCUCCCUCGACGUUCUCUCAACUCAACGAAUCCAGUCCUUCGCCCCAAUCCGAAAGGACGAAACAUAUAGGCUAAUACACCAGUUAGCGAAGCACUCGCGCGUGGAGUUUGCGCGAGUGGAACUAAGUUCCAUGUUCCAUGAUAUGACGUAUAACAACAUGAUGAGGAUGAUAUCGGGAAAGAGAUAUUUUGGUGAAGAGAGUGAGAUGAAAGAUGUUGAAGAAGCGAGGGAAUUCAGAGAGAUGGUGGCUGAGUUGCUGCAAUUCGCUGGGGUUUCUAAUAAAGCCGAUUAUUUGCCAUUUCUUAGAUGGUUCGAUUUUCAGAAUUUGGAGAAGAGGUUGAAGAGUAUUGGUGAUAGAUUUGAUAGGUUUUUGAAUGUUCUAAUUGAUGAGCAACGUAACAAGAAACAGAGAGAAAAUGCGAUGAUAGAUCAUCUCCUAAAUCUUCAAGAAUCGCAGCCCCAAAAUUACACCGAUCACAUCAUCAAAGGACUUGCUCUGGCCAUGCUCUUCGCGGGAACAGACUCAUCAACAGUAACGUUAGAGUGGUCAUUAUCGAAUUUAUUGAACCACCCAGAGGUAUUGAUGAAGGCAAGAGAUGAAAUAGACACUCACAUUGGACAAGAUCGCUUGUUAAGUGAGUCAGAUCUUCCAAAACUUCCUUACCUUAAGAAAAUAAUCCUUGAGACACUUAGGUUGUAUCCCCCUGCACCCCUAGCAAUACCACACCUGUCUUCAGAGGACAUCACUGUUGGAGAAUUCAACUUUCCACGAGACACAAUAGUGAUGGCUAACGUUUGGGCCAUGCAAAGAGAUCCCCUAGUGUGGAAUGAAGCCACAUGUUUUAAACCCGAGAGAUUUGAUGAAGAAGGAGUAGAGAAAAAGUUGUGCGCAUUUGGAAUGGGAAGAAGGGCUUGUCCCGGAGAAACUUUGGCUAUGCAGAACGUUGGUUUGGCUUUGGGAUUAUUGAUUCAAUGCUUUGAUUGGAAACGAGUAAGCGAGGAAGAGAUUGAUAUGAGGGAGCAAAAUUGGUUCACCUUGUCAAAGUUAACUCCAUUGAUGGCCAUGUGUAAAGCUCGCCCUCUCGUCAGCAAGAUUCAUUUGGUGUAAUGAUGAAUAAUGUAUUUAAUUUGAGUCGUGUGUUGAUCUGUCUAUGCUCAAGUGUGUAGCAUUAAUUUCAGUAUUUAAUUAGUGCUAUUCCAAUAAUAUAUGGAUAAUGUUUGUAACGUGCAAUGGUGGAUAUAUUAUAUUCAUUUAUAAUUCACACACACAUACACAUACACAUAC